CAACGAUCGAAACUUUGAGCAAGUGUUUUAUAAUAUUGCUGGAAUUAUUACGGCGUGUUAGUUGAUUAACGUUGUGUUUAUUAUUUCCGGUUCUCAUGCCGUCCGAAGCGGACGUGAAGAAAAAGAUGGCUCGCAAUCGCCGCGAAAACAGCAAUGCUAAGAGUGACUCCGAUUCGGACGCCUCAGAUAAAGAGAACAAGAAGGAGAGAGGUAGGGAGAAAAAGAAGAGAAGUGCGUCUACAUCAAGUGGCAGUGGCAGCAGUAGUCGGAGUUCAUCCGACAGCAGCUCACGUUCGUCGAGCGGGUCAAGUUCAUCGCACAGUUCAAGUUCUGGAUCCACAUCACAUUCCAGUUCAUCUUCUAGCAGUUCGGGCACUUCCAGUACAAGUUCGGGUGCAAGGGCUCAAGCCAAGCGAAGGCCCACCAGCGGGAGUCGCAGUCGGAGCAGAAGUGCGGAGCAGAAGAAAAUCAAAGAAAAGGAAGACAAGAAAAAGAAACCAGAGAAACCGAAACCCAAAGGACGGUCCAGGUCUGCCUCGCCUCGUCGGAAACGUAAGGAACGUUCACCCACUCCGCGUCCCACGAAGAUUCACGUGGGGCGCCUCACGCGCAAUGUGACAAGGGAUCACAUUCUAGAAAUAUUUUCAACAUAUGGCACAGUGAAGAGCGUGGAUUUCCCACAAGACAGACUGCACACCCAUACUGGCAGAGGUUUUGCUUACAUUGAAUUUGAAACUCCGAAUGAAGCGGAAAAUGCCAUGAAACACAUGGAUGGAGGGCAGAUUGAUGGGCAGGAAAUAACUGCAGCACCGGUACUUCUUCCUAAACCGAGGCCCGUGCCACCUCGUCGCAGUCCACCCGUGCCUCUUCGAAGACCGCCUCCUCGUUGGGGACGUUCUCCACCUCGAUACCGUCGUCGCUCCCCACCGCCACCAAGAAGAAGAUCUCCGCCUCCACGGCGUCGCCCACGUACGAGGUCCCGUUCUCGUAGUCCGGCACGAAGACGUCGGUACAGUCGUUCCAGUUCAAGCAGCUCUCGUUAGUUGAUCUGGCGUAAUUGAGCCGUUAUCGAUCCUUUGCAUCAUGCGGGAACUGCUACUUGCUGUUUCAUAUAGCAAGCAUUUUUGUGAAUGAACAUUCAUUGCCAUUACUGACGAUACAUUUCCCCCCCGCCUUUCAUGAAUCCGGGGUGCAUUUGUCGUGGCGCUCCUGUCAGAGAGAACCAUCUGUAUAGGGGUGCAAAUUUUGUAGAUGAUGUGUAGUAAAUAUAACAAAGUUCUACUUGG